UUGGUCAACCAUGGUUUAGCAGGCUGCAAAUACAUUUUGUACAUAAAUGCGGGAAUUGAAUGUGAGGCUGGGCUUUGCUGUGAUAAGAUUUUGUGUAAAAUAAUGAACUUGAAGAAUUUAUCUUCCCUGUAUGUUUAUUAGCUAGCUAGCCAGACAGUUUUAGAGGAAUGAUUCCAGUAAUUGUUCAAAUUAACUGCCAAUGUUUCCAACAUUCCAUUCAAACAACGUAGCCAAUCCACAGCCAGACACUAGCUGACAUCAUGAUAGGACUUAGACAAGUUGUACAUGCAACAAGUACUGAUAUUGUAUCAUAUAAUAGCACUCACAGAUUUCCAAGAAAAUGAAAAAUGUGACAUUUAUGGUCUGGUUACAUUUAUUUUAGAGGCUAUCUAUUGACAAAAUGUGUAUAAAACCUGUAUAAACUGUAUUUUUAAUUAUAUAACAAUAUUUUAGGUUGACAAUUAUAUUACACCAUUGACAAAUAUGGCUGCCAUUUUUACUCCAUUCUGGAACCUUGAGGGUUUAUCACGUAUACUCCACCUCUAGUAAUUUUAUAGGAUCUCUGGGGUCAGCACCAGAUUACUGUAACAUAAUGAUGUGGUUAGCUGAUAUGUCAAAUGUCUAUCCAAAUGUCUGAGCAGAUUGCAGAUCAAAUAAUAUCAAAUAAUAGCCUAACAUAGUAAAAAAAGCUCUGUUUACAUAUAUAUUUACUAUUUAAUAAACAAUUAAAUAACAAUCAUAGGCUUAUAUGGCUUAAUAGUGUGUGCGUUCUUUUAUUUUUUAAAUCUCGGCUAUAUAGUCUAUGUUAUUUUAAAUAGACUACCAAGUAUUUUCUAUCACGAGCUUGAGCGCGUUCUCUCAUGGUUUCCAUGACAGCAUCAUCUGUCGUUAGGAAGUGGAAAGCUGGACAGAACUACAGUCAUUGUAGCUCAAAGGAAAUAAAGCAUUUUUUAGAUUUAAAGAGUAAAGAAGACAUAUUUUUUUCUUUUUCUUCCGAAAAGUGUUUUUAAUGUUAGCUAGACACGAACCUAAAUUGGAAGUUUAGAAGGCAUAUGGACUCGGACAACGAGAAGCCGCGCAAGAAGAAGAGACGGCCGCACUGGGUUGUGAGAGGCCUCGGGCCGAGUUUUACUGCCUGCUUGGGUUUCGUAAUAAGCGUGCUGUACAUCACUUUCCCGUGCGCUUGGUUGGCUACUCAUGUUUCAGUGGCCUAUCCUGUGGCCUCUGCGAUGUUACUAACUGGGACCUUGAUAACUUUCCUGGUGUCAAGUUUCAUGGAUCCUGGCAUUCUCCACCAAGGCCCCCCAUGGCCAGGCACAGCAGAGGUGGCCUAUGUGGUAGUGAAUGGUCAGAGGUAUGAUAUGGACAGGUGCAGUAGGUGUGAGAUCUACCUUCCCCCUGCUGCAUGGCACUGCCGUCGCUGCAAUGCAUGUGUGGACCGGUUCGACCACCACUGUGAGUGGCUGAAUAACUGCGUGGGGAGACGUAACUACCGUGUGUUCCUGCUCUUCCUCCUUCUGCUGACGUCAUACCUGCUCCUGGUCCUCUCCUCCUCUCUGUUCUACCUCUUCCUCACCCUCCUCACCCUGCACCAGCCCUUCAGCCUUCCCCACGCCACCACUGUGGUCGUCAUGGUUACCAGCCUGGCCUGUGUGCCCUUGGUCUUGGUUAUACUCUUCAGCAACAUCAAGCUGAUCUCCAAUGGAGAGCCAUCCUCUACUAUAGAGCCCUACUUUGAGCCUGAUGAUAAGAACCCGUUUGAUCAGGGCUGCUGGAAGAACUGGACCGGCAUCCUCUGUUCCCGGACUGGACCCAGGUAUCUGGGGGCUGUGAAGCCCAGCAGAAGAGGAGACACUGAGGGGGACUGGAGCAGUCUAACCCUUCUCCAUCAGGAGGACCAGUGUUUGUACAGCUGCAGCUCAGUCCCCUGUUGUAAUACUUGUAAACAUCACAAGGUGGCGGUAGGCCCAGCCAGCCCAGGCCGUUUCAAGCACAGCACACUGAGUCUAGACAGUCUGAAGGAAGGGAGAGGGUGUCGCUGCUGCUACAGGGAAGUAGUACCAGCCCGCUGUGUGACCACAGACAAACACAGCGACAACAACAAGCCCUCACAGAGCUCUGCUGUGGAGAUCCCAGAUAUGUUGACUGUUGGUGAUGAGGACUUGGACCAGGAACGGGAUGGAGUUCUGAUCAGAGCUGCAAAGUAGCUUUACAUCCUGACCACCAGAGGGUGCUGGGUAGACAACCACACCACAACACCAGCCCCAGGCCUGGACCACCUCAACACCACACCAUAACCAACACCAGCCCCAGGCCUGGACCACCUCAACACCAUAACCAACACCAGCCCCAGGCCUGGACCACCUCAACACCAUAACCAACACCAG